AAAAACAACAAUACACACUUGAUAAUAUAUUAUGCACCGGCGGCCUGCAACGAGCACUUUCACUAAAUAGCGCUUUGUCCUUUCCAUCUUGCAAAAUAUUGAAACACACGCGACCGUUCUACUGAUAACGACGACGUUUGCUGUUAACUAUAAUUUUUCUCAAGUGCAUUGAGACCCGGCAAUUAUCCAGGAUAACCGAAAACGCCGACUACGUUGAACAAUAGAAUAGGACAGUCUGUAAUACAAACGCAUUGUGCUUCUCCAUCUUCAGUUAGUUUGCACACACGUCCAGCUCCACAGUGUUUCUUACGGCAAGGGUCUAAAUGAUUAUCAAAAAGACAUUUAAACAAUUUAGUGUAGGGCGCAGAUACAUGCAACUAUGGAGAGGCAAAAAAGUCUUAUUAGUUGCAAAGUACUCAAGAGUGGAACGUGAACAACUAGAAAAUCAAAAUAUUCCUGAAAAACAACUAUUGGAUCAGUUGAGUGCUCAAGGUGUUAACUUAAAAACUGUGUUGAAUACUCACUAUGAACAUUAUAACAUUGUCAAAGAAGUGAGAGCUGCAGUUAAACAUUUGGACGUUGAGUCAAAAAUAAUAAGUUUGAAGGACAUUAAUACUUCAGCGAUCUCGUGGGCUGAUGUUCUUAUAGCUAUUGGCGGUGACGGUACAUACUUGGUCAUGUCCAGUUACGUUCAGGACCAUAAUAAAGAAGUUGUAGGAAUUAAUUCUAACCCAAGUUCAUCACUUGGUUAUUUAUGUUUACCAGCAGUUUGCUCCCAAAAUAUUCAGAAAACAUUUGACACGCUUGAAAAACAAAAGUUCUCAUACAUAAACAGGACUAGAAUUAGAGUUUCUAUGAAAUGUACUGAAAAAAAAAUUGAGCCCCCCAUCAAUAUGUAUCAAGAUUUUGUGAAAAUAAGACCAGAUUCACAUUCUACACAAGACAUGUUGGCUCUCAAUGAAGUUUUUAUAGGUGACAGAAUGCCAGGACGUACAUCUGAACUAGAAUGUAAGUUUGAUAAUAAUGAUCCAAUUAAAGUUAAAUCAUCCGGCCUUUGCAUAAGUACGGGAACUGGAUCUAGUGCAUGGAGUUAUGCUUUAAACAAGAUUAGCAUUGAACAAGUCCGAAGGCUUUUAAAUUAUAGCAAAGUGAAUAUGUCGAAAGAAGAAUGUGAAAGUAUGGUUAUAAAAUACAAUAAAAGCCUUGUAUACAACCCUUCAUCUGAUAAACUACAAUAUACAAUAAGAGAACCAACGGGCAGAUUAUUGUGGCUGGCUGAUGAUUUAAUUAGGUCUGACAAAAUGAAACGAGCAAAUGUUGAAAAUCAUUGUGAAGAGGGAUGCAUAAUAUUAGACGGUUUUUUAAUAUACAAGUUUCCAAAAGGUGCUCAAGCUGUCCUAAGUUCAAAGCCUGAAGAUGCAAUUAAAAGUGUUUGGAUAACCGAUGAACAUUUAAAAAACUAAAAUGUUUUUUUUAAUUUAUGACCAACUAUUAUUUGUGUUAAAAUUGUAUGUUAUCCUAAAUUUUAUUACGUACAUUUUUUUGUUAAAUAUUGUAUAAUAAUUGACAUCAUAUUGACUUAAUUAUUUUUUUAAUUUUAAUGAAACCUAAAUUUGUAUAAUAUUUAUAAAAUUAAAAAUUAAGGAGUUAUUUUUAAUUAAUAUAUUUUAUCAAACUAA